UAUAUUUUAUUUUUAAAAUAAGAAAAUUUCCUUCAAGGAGUGUAACAACACUUCGUUUGGGGAACACCCCUGAUGCAACGCCUUUGCAUUUUUGCUUGGCCCUUUCGGCGUUUUCGCGACGCACGGUCACACUCUUCUGUGUAUCAGAGCUGUUGUUGAUUUUUUGUGCAGAAAACUCUUGGCUUCCCCGUGUUUUCCACAAUUGCCCCAUCGCCUCAAAUUGUGUAACUCGGACGGAGGCCACAGAGACGCCCAAAGCAAGGAGCGCCGUGACAGAGGAGCAGGAGCAGCAGCUGAAGCUGGAGCAGAUCGGCCGAUGGACUACGAGAAGGUCGCGCUGAACGCAGGCGGAGGCAGUACAGCCGGGUCCGACCAGGAUCUGUCCAUGUGUGGCGGUCAGGAGGUGCUCGAGGGCCGCGCCAAGGAGAAGGCUCGUCGCUACUGGACGCCCAGCGAGGAGGAGCGCCUCUACGAGAUCUGGGGCCGCGACAACUGGCGGUUGACUCGCACCGGCAAGAAUACCAUCUUUUUCGGCCGGUGGGCCGAGGAGCUUCGCGAUCGGUUCGCCGUGGACGUGAAGCCCGAGGAGAUCCAGAUGAAGGUCAACCAGACCAGGGCCAAGUUCAGGUCGGUGAAGAAACAGCUGCAGGCGGACCCCUCCAGCCAGGCCACGCGCUGGAAGAAGUACGACAUCAUCAACCGCAUCCUGAAGAACCUGCACAGGCCCAAGAACGCGGAACCCCUGCCACCAGAGGCACUGCUCAAUAACCGGGACAUGACGCCUCCACGCGAUGAUGCUCCCAAUGAGCAGCAGCAGUCACAGCAACAACAGCAGCAGCAGCAGCCGGUACAGCAGCAGACUAUCAUCCUGGCCUCUGAGCCGCCGGCUGCCACCUUUUAUAACAGCAGCAGCAAUAGUAAUCAUGGCAGCAGCCACAACAACAACAACAGCGGUGGGAUGAGCUUUAGCACGGAGCUGUUCACGGACCAGUACGACGAGGUGGUCAAACAGGAGUACGAGGACGAAGAGUACCGCUCGCUGCCCUUUCCGGAGCAGCUGCAACAGUAUUCGCCAGCCGAGCCGGCUCAGCUGCUCGAGCUGCAGACACCACAGCAGCAGCAGCAGCAACAACAACAACAACAACAGCAGCAGCAACAACAACAGCAGCAGUUUCAGCAAAGCUAUGAGCCGCAGUUUCAGCAGCAGCCUGUCCAUUUUAAUAACAACAGUGGCAACAGCGUUGUGGCCACCUCGACUGUCAACCACCAGCCCAUCACGGCGGUAGCCUACAUCAAUAGCAGUAACAACACCAUUAGCGUAGCCACCAACGCGAACGGAGCCAUGGCGGCGCCAGUAGCGGUCCAUGCUCCAGCUUCAGCUCCGACAGCUGCUCCGGCUCCGGCGGCAGCUCAGUCCUCCCAUCCACCUGGCGCCACACCUGUUGCCGUGCCCCGAAAGCGUGGUCGUCCUUACGGAUCCGUAAAUCCGCCGCAUGCCGACUCGCUGGAGGCUCUCUACAUGGAGGAGGUUCGGCGGAAGAACCAGCUACUCUACGAGCAGACCAAGAUCUGCCGCCAGCGCCUGGAGCUGGAGGAGCGCAAAGUCGACCUUAUGCAGACCUUCUUUCCCAAGUGUCUGGAGCAGCAGGAGCAGAUUCUGACCCACAUCAUGCACCUCCAGCAGCCGGAGCCCAACCGCCAGCUGCAACAUCAGCAUCCUGCGGCCCAGCGGCCGCAAUGAAUACCUUUUCGGACUUUAAAACCUCAAUUUCGGAUUGCAGUUAAUGAUCAUUAGAUUCAGUUACUCGAUCAGUACCACAAAACUUAACAAAAAACAUGCAACAAUGUUUGUAAGAUUAAGGAUAAACUUAAUUAAUAAAUAAAUAUAAAAUCGAGAAAUAUUAUAUUGCUUAGUGCAUGGAAGGAAGGAACUCUUUUAGAAAAGACUUUGAGUAAGGAACAAAAGCCUAAGACUGCAGUUAAAUAUUACAAAAUGUAGUAUAAGCCAGUAAUUUUUUCAAUGCAUCUUACCGAUGUAUACUUUUUUAAAAGUGAAUUCAAUAUCUUUGGUUUACCAAUAGACUGGUGUUUUCUGAGACAGAUGCCAUGCGAUUUGAAGUGUUCUUUACCUCCGUAUGCCACUCCGACUAUAAGAUACUUAUCGCUCAUUAGCUGUAAAGUAUUUCACUUUUUUAAAGACUUGGUUAAAUAUUAAUAAUAAACUUACUUGGAAACAUA